AUGAUGAAAAAUGAGGCUAAUAGGGACGUAGGCCGCAAGAUCAGGGAUCGCAUUGCCAAACUCCAAGAGCGAGUCAUAGCCAACGAGCUACGAGCAACGGCUGCCUUUCACGGUUGGGAUCACUCAUACACACCAACUCAUCUGCAGUCCUCCAAGGCUGACGUGUGGCAAUCCUCCCCAUACGAGCAUACAAUAAGCCCCCGAGAUUUGUCUGCGAUGAGUACUGUCCCGUCAACUUCCUACCUGACGCCGUACAUGCUCUCUGCUCCCCAAACAGGGUCCACAACUUCCACGAGUCCGCAGUCAAUUCUCCCAGUAAAUUCUUCCGGCUUCCUUGAUACUUGGGGUCUGCAUUCAGUCCCUUUGAGCUCUCCAUUGUUUUCUAUAGCCCCAUCCUCUGGACCACCGCUGCCCGUAGUCAGCAGUCCAGACAUGGAGCCGCUUAGGGAUGCAUGGGCGGGCUCAGAUGUCGCAUUACCCUCUGAGAGCAUGGCUGAUAGUCCAACUAGCCAGCCGACUUAUUAUGUCGCUACAGAAGCUGCCUUGCCUCAUAUUAUUCAGGCGCUCCAAUCCAAUGCGGUUUCGUCAAAGAUCGUCGUCAUCGCCCCAACCGACUCAAUAAGCCCUUGGGCAAAUGGAGCCAAUAAUUUGAUCUCGCUCACUCAUACCGGUGAUGAUGGGGCAUCAGGAACGCCACGAAACGGGUUAAGCAUGCCCUGUCAGUGCCAAACGGUGGUUGAAAAUUCCCCAGGCGCGCAGUUUAGCUCUCAGGACUGGGUUCUGCCCAGUUCUGAUGGGUUAUUUCCCCAGCGCAAGAUCUCGGGGCCCUUCGACACGAACUACGCUACAAUGUGA